UUCAAUACCAGUACUUACAACUACAAACUGGAAAGAGCGCUGCGGAAGAUCUUGAACGGCACAGAGAUCGUGGACCCUAAACCGAAGAUCGAAGAUGUCACAAUUAAGGCUCCUUCACAAAACCCGCCAGCCCCACGUGGAUCCCGGAAAAGUACUGGGCUGCCUGGUACUGCCUCCUGGUGGAUUCUUGGGCUGUACUGAGGCAAGCGCAAGUACGGGCGAGUAUAUUUUCCCGGGAUCUAUUCAUGGGAUUGGAUAGGUUGCGGGUAGGUCUAAGACAAGAGGAGGCAGAUUCCUAGUGGAGCUGUUGACCCAGAGGUGCUUAUCAGUUCUCGACUACCCCAUGUGGAAUGCAAGCAUGCUUUUUGGAGGAACCUUUACGCGUACAACCGUCAACAUCAACCCUAACCCAUGAUCUUAAUAUUGUUAAUAUUUUACUUAGACAUCAUCUUUUAGCCUUCUUCUGCUUAUUGUUACAAUCUCUUCUAAACCGUCGUCUUCUACUAGCACAUCUUUUAGUCUUCUUCUGCUUCUUGUUACAAUCUCUUCUAAAGCGUCUUCUUCUAGCACAAGUUCUACCAGUUCCUCCUCGUCGACCACGGCCGGUCCAAAUGCCGCGUCCUUUCAAGCCACUGAGGAGUUGAGAAUCAG